UGAUAUUACUGAAUGUAUAUAUUACUUAUUAGUAUACCUAAGUCCUAUACUCAUUCAUAAAUUACAUUUGAAUUUCUCAUUUUUUUUUGUUUCUAGAACUGGCCGACCUCUGUUGAUGGUGUGUAGCUAAGGUAAAUACAGAGCAAAAUGAUAUUUUUAAAACAAAUUGGGAAAUUAAAUUUUAAUUUUAAAAACAUAUUUUCAAAUGAUAAACUUCAACUUUUUUCAACAAAUCAAGUGCUUAGAUUGGAUUUGUCAUGGAGAAGAUCAAAAAAACUGCCACUAAACCCGAUGGAUAGAGGUAUUUUAACUGAUGGUGCAGAUUAUGUAUUUCUGGAUGGUCGACCUACACCAUUUGGUAUGAGAAGGAAACGCAAACUUCUACAACAAAGAGAAUAUGCUAAAAAAAUUGUUGAACUGUCAGAAAGUUUGGAUCUAGCCAAGGAACGUUACGCCAACAAAAUAAAGGAAAAAGAGGAAAACGUUAAGAGUAUUUUAGAUAAAAAACUUCAAACUAAAGGAGCUAAAUUAAUUGUUAAACAAUAGUUGUUAUUUAUGUAUAUACAUUCAAUUAUGAAUAUUAUGUACUUGAUUAGGAAAAAAAUAGAAAAAAAUAUAUACUGAAAA